AUGAUGGAGUAUCAUGAGCUUGCUGCUAUGUCAUCUUGCCAAGACUCCCUAAAGGUUCUUGAGGCUGAUAUUCAGCAUGCUAACUUGUUGGCAGCUUCUAUUCCAAGAGCCAAAUGUGGUUCCUGCCUUCAAAUUAAACUGGUUUAUAAUCACUUGGCACCCAUGUUUCUGUUUUUACUCCAAUGGAUGGAUUGCUCAUGUACAUGUCUACUUUCAACUUAUUUAAACCUUUUCCAUGUUGUUGUAUAUAAGGUAUGCUCAGACAGGAAGCCAAAGAUCUCUUCAUGCGGACGGAAAGCAACCGUUAGGCAAUUCUAUGCUGUUAUAUUACCAUCACUUCAGCGUCUUCAUGGUGAUACAAUGGAGCCAGAUGUGACUCAGGAAGAAGGUCGCUGCUCGGAAAUGAUUGUCAAUAAUAGACUAGAAGAUAAGAGGAAGCUUUCAGAUUUGGACCUGCCGAGGGAAGAUGAGUGUGGGAUCUGUUUGGAGCCUUGCACAAAAAUGGUUGUGCCAGGCUGCUGCCAUGCAAUGUGCAUCAACUGCUACUGUGACUGGAAUACAAGGUCAGAAUCUUGCCCAUUUUGUCGAGGAAGUCUGAAGAGUGUGAAUUCGGAAGACUUGUGGGUUCUCACUUGCCGUAGUGAUGUCGCUGACACUAACACCAUAUUAAAGGAAGAUGUCUUGAGGUUCUAUCUUUAUAUAAACAACUUGCCAAAGGAUAUCCCGGAUGAUCUGUUCCUGAUGUAUUAUGAAUACCUAAUCUAA